AUGUCCAAAAAAUCAAAAACUAAAAUUCAGGAUAUUGCCAUCGAAAUCGACGAAAAUCUAUCGUAUGUUCUAUCUGGCCAGUUACUAAAAGGCAAAUUGGUUAUCAACACUUUGGAUCCGUUAACAGAGAUUCAAAAAAUCGUUGUCGAAGCUCAUGGAGAUGGUUAUACGAUGUUGAGACCUGCAGCCAAUGCCGGAGAAGGAAAUGUACGACAUGGCCAAUGGAAGGAAUACUUAAAGUGUAGUAGCACCGUGAUGAAUCAAGGAACUGUUUUCUUUACCAAAGACCGAUCGGCAACUAUUUAUAAAUCGUUCAAAGUCAGAGAAAAGGUCGCUUUAGGUACCUUGCAGAUGAAGGAAGAACCGAGAUCCAUUGAUUUAACGCAAACAUUAUGCUGCAAUAUAUUAAGGCCUGGAAGCGUCCAUUUGACCUUUGUAACCGAUCGAAAGGCUUACUGCACUGGACAUUCGAUGUUAUUAACAGCAACGGUAGAAAACUUAACUCGUUUACGCCUAAAAGCGUUGAAAGUCGAACUAGUACAAUGUGCUACCGUUAUUGCUGAGGGUAACUCCAAAGUAAUACAAACAAAAUGUGCCAGCUUGGAAUCAGAUCCGAUUGAAGCCGGAGACACAUUGGAAUGGCAAAAUAAGUCUUUCCAUCUACCAGAUGACCUUAUGCCGACCUCGCACUCUUCUGCCCUUAUACAAACGCAAUACGAAUUGGUGGUUACUGUAGUAAUACCCAUGGCAGCUAACCUUUCCUUUCGACAAAAUGUUGGCAUUGCAACAGUACUCGAUGCCGACGACGAUAUCCAAAGUAAAUACCAGCAGCAUGUAAUACUACAACGACAAUUAUCAAUACAGCAACAAAGUCAACAACGGCAAAGACAUAAUUCAGCGGUCACGGAUGUGUAA